AUGUCGGUUUUGGCCGCACUAGCAAAAUUUUUAGUUGUAUUAACGGUUUGUGAAGCGAUGACCAUGAAACAAUUAAACUCUACGGGUAAAAUGAUGAGGAAGUCCUGUCAACCAAAAAAUAACGUAGAAGAUGCAAAAAUCGACCCAAUUAAUGAUGGCGUUUUUAUCGAGGAGAAGGAAGUGAUGUGCUACAUUGCUUGCAUUAUGAAAAUGGCAAAUGCGAUAAAAAAUGGUAAAAUUAAUUAUGAAGCUGCAAUAAAACAAGCUGAUUUACUUCUACCCGAUGAAAUAAAGGAACCUGCAAAAGCUGCUAUAACUGCUUGUAGAAAAGUCUCGGAUUCAUACAGCAAUAUCUGCGAGGCAUCAUUCUACGUCACGAAAUGCAUUCACCGUGAGAACCCUUCCGUUUUCUUCUUUCCUUGA